AUGGCUAAAACGGUCAGGAAGGUAAAACGAGGUAGAUCUAAAGAAACCAGUAAUGCCAUCAAGGCACCAGCAAUCAUAGUAACUUCGGUGGAUAAUACAGAAAUGACAGUCAAAGCAAACGCGCAAAAAGUUAACGAUCAAGCCUACAUCGCAACUAUCGAUGAGAAUAAAAACAAAAUGGAUUUCAGUGUGAAUCAACUCAUAGCCGAGCUGUCAGAGAAUUCUCGAGCUUCUAAAGGAGAGAUCGAGCAGAUUCAAAGAAAACUACUCCAGCAGGCGAACGAAAUCUUGAAAGUCAACGCCUUUGCCAACCAAGAACCGCGGGUAGUCAGCACAACUCAGAAAUACGGGCCCAUCUAUGGAAUCCCACAUACGAAUAGACUUCAACAGCCUCAAUUAGUUCCAGAGAAGUUAACAAAUAAUUCUAGUGCAAUGAUAAGCACGCAAAGGGUCACAGCUGAGGCGGGAGCUUUUUUCUCAGAAACAGGUUCUGCCUCGCUCGUCGCCAGUCCGCGCGCCGCGCCCAUAAGAGGAACAGUAGAAGCGGUUCCGCCCUACAGGAUGCCGCCCGCCCCAGAGGCUGCGCUACCUGGCGCGCCAGCACCUCAACUACCAGCAGCUAUUCACACACAUUCUGCUAAAUUUCCCAUAGAGCGCGAAGUGAUUCUGUCGUCUGGCGAUAAGAAUUCCAAAGUACCGAUUCUACAGGAGGCCAGGAAACGGGGCAGACUCGGGGCAGUUGCACCAGACACGCCCCCCAAACCGCUGUCAGCUUGGACCAAUGCUGAGAAUCAAGCUGGAACCUCUGGCGACUUCCGGCAGUACCACGACCAGUACGCCUACCACCACCACGGACAAAUCUUAAACCGCAGCGUACAAAACUACGAUUCACCCAAACCACCAAUACCUGCCAAAAAUACACCGAAUAACUCACACAUGGUAACAGUUGUCGAGACAGCAAAGGACAGUACCAGAGACGCACCAAAGAGUGCUAAAUCUGUCAGCAAAACAUAUCACACAUUAAAAGACAUGAUAUCCAGUAGAUUCAAAGGCAAAGAGAGUACUGAAGGUGAUAAGGAAGAAAGUCUUAAUAAUAAUGAAGAAAGAAAGCGUGAACCGGAACAAACGCCUCCAAGAGAAGCACGUAAAGAAGGGAUUUAUGGAAGACCAAUGCAGAGACAGGAAAUCCAGUACAACCAUGGAAUGACAAAUAACAUGGCAUAUUCAAGUCCGUCUCCACAUAGACAAUUAAUGCAGCAACAAAUAGCUCAACAGCAGAUGUUAAAUCAACAAGCACGGUCGCAGGAAAUGUUAAAUCAACAAGCGAGAUCACAGGAGAUGCUGCAACAUAGACCUCAGGCAUUGGGUGCUGAUGCGUUGUAUCAACAGUAUGGUCCACCAGGACGUAGGAGUGCGAUGUAUCAACGAGACCUUGAUGUUAGGUCUAUGGCGAAUUUCACCUCGUUGAAGACAGGACCACAGCCUCAGAUUGACAACUCACAUUCUAGACCUGACUUGAGAAGUCCACAGCAACUGGAGCGAGAGGUUAUUCAACAACGACGGCUCAUUGAAGUCAGACGUGCCUCUUCGCAUCCGCAUUUAUUAGAUGAGCCACAGAGACCGGAUCCAAAGCCUCAAGUGUACGAUAGGUCUAGGAGAAAUUCUCACGGCAAUUUACUCGAAGGUGUGCCAAAUGAGAACGGUCUACCCAGAAGCGAUGAAAGGGAGUCUGAUGACGGCGGUUUCAGAAUGAGACCAGCUGCGCAAGGAAGAUCAAGCUUCGAACACAUUCGCACAAGUGGACGUUCUGUGGAUUCAAGACAAAUCCCGGAAGAGUACAGACGUACACCGGAUAGCCACAGAGAAUCCCGUCGGACUCCGGAUUCAGUUAAUCAAAGACAAAAAGAGAGUACACCUAAUCCAGCCGAGAACGAAAGAAAUGAUGAAAACGCUAGUCAGAAAUCAGCAGACAGUGUAUACAACUCAAAUAAAGUGGACGGAUAUAAUCCACGGGCGUCUUCAUCUAGACAGACGCCGAGUAGAAUAGAAGAUCUAAAGGCACAUGGUAAAAAAGGGGCUGGUGGUUCAGCAGCUAGUUCAGACUAUGACAAAAAUGGCGGUCAAUCGUCGAACGUUGAUUCUGGUAGGGGCAGCGUGGCUUAUUCGAGUGGGAGGCGCGCGGAUGCAAGCUUGCAUGAUACUUCGGCGGACUCUGAUGCUGCAGGAGCAAGAGAAACAAGACAACAGCCACAGCCUGGGACUAGUCAACAGAGUUCAGCACCACCUGGAGAAAAUGAAUGGGCUGAUCUGGUCGAGUGCGAACUGCGUCAAAUCCUUGAGCCAAAGCUGGCUAAUAUGAGACUAGACAGCUCAGAUAGCUCCGAUAGCUCAAUAACGCCUCCCUUACCCCCAAUUUCACCUUCAUCUGACUUGCACAAGAGAAACAGCCUACCAGGCCGAUCAUCAGAAUACCCAGAAGAACGGCGCCGCGGCAGGGAAUCACCACGUUGGCAUGCACACGCCCAUUCCCAUAAAAAAGCAUUCUUCAAAAAGGGACCAUCAUUAUAA